AUGGAUCCCGCGAAGCUUACUGGCCAGGCGCUCCUCAGCCACACCAUUCAGACAACGCCCAUCAUCGACAACCAUGCCCAUCCGCUCCUUGAUCUCGACGCAAUUGGCCGUCAUCCUCUUCUUUCAAUUACAACCGAGGCUCACGGCGAUGCGAUCCACGCCUCAUUGACAAGCUUGGCCCACCUACGUGCCGUCAAACAGCUCUCCAAGAUCCUUCGAUGCGAGCCGAGCUGGGAAGCCGUUGUGAAUGCCAUUGAGGCGAAACGCAUCGAGGACUACGAUGCAUGGGUCGCGGAAUGUCUCAAUGGGAUUGAAUCGGUUCUGGUCGACGAUGGUUUAGAUGGCGAAAACGCGGUCUACCCUUACACGUACUUCAGCGAUCUCACCCGCAGCCCCGCGAAGAGGAUUGUGCGCAUCGAGAAGAUUGCGGCAGACAUUAUCAAUGACCAUCUCCCUACGGAUGAGAAUGCCCCAAGAACUGCCAAAGACGCCGGGUCUGUCUUCGAAAAGGCAUUGAAGGCAUUUGACCACAGCAUUGCGGAGGCUAUAGCCGAUCCAGAAGUCGUCGGCUUCAAGUCUGUUAUUUGCUACCGCACUGGUUUGGGAAUUCCCAGGAGACCGGACGCUGCCGCGGCUCGCAAGGUCUUCGAGGAGAUCCAUGAGGAACAUACGAAAGGGACCGACAAGGCCUUUAAUCGUGUCAAUCACCGUGGGCUGAAUGAGUACCUGGUGCACAGAUUGGCUUGUCUCAUCAGGAAUGCUUCAGGCUCUGGCAAGAAGCCGAUUCAAUUUCACACCGGCCUGGGCGACAAUGAUAUCACCCUCACUUCUGCAUCCCCAUCACACCUGCAAGAGUUUAUUCGCCAGUACCCUACUGUGCCCAUCGUGCUUCUGCACGCCAGCUACCCGUUCAUGAGAGAAGCCGGGUACCUGGCAUGUGUCUACGCCAACGUUUACACUGAUAUAGGCGAGAUCUUCCCCUUCUUGAGUCGUGACGGCCAGGAAACCGCCGUGCGCCAGGUCCUAGAAUUGUGCCCCUGGUCCAAGAUACUAUGGAGCACUGAUGGGCAUCGGUUCCCGGAGACCUACCUUCUCGCCGUCCUUCAAGUGAGGGAGGUACUAGAAAAGGUUCUAUCCGAAUAUGCCCGCAAAGGGCACAUGACUUGGCGGGAAGCAACUCAGCUGGUCAAAGACAUUCUCUUCAACAACUCUAAUCGCGUGUACCACCUGGGCCUAGAGUUUAGCUUCGAUGAAACCAUUGCGAACCCAAGGAGGCUGUCAGGGAGAAGCGAUCUCGAUAUCCUAGAAGCUUUUCUGGAUGGAAAGAAGCCCCCUCAGUACCUCCGCAUCUACUGGAACGACCUGACAGCAACACCACGAGUUCGCGCGAUACCAAUGCGCAAGGUUCUGUCUGUGAUGAACGAAGAUGGGGACUUCUCCAUCAGUAUCACCAAAGCAAGUCUUGGGCUCUUGCAGAACGACCACGUGGUCCCAGGGGUAUCCGGCACAGGAGAGUACCGCCUGCAUCCCGACUUCACCUCACUUCAGGAGGGUCCCAGGGAGGGUCAUAUCAGCGUCUUUGGCGAUUUCAGGGAGUACGACGGAUCUGCUGUACCCUUCUGCCCGCGAUCUUUGCUGCAAAGGGUGAUCGAAAUCGCUGCUCGACAUGGAUUGACCUUCAGUCUCGGGUUCGAAAUUGAGCUAGUUCUUCUCGAGCGCGUCGAUAGCUCCUUCGAGAAGUACAAAACUCUGAGCAACGACGGACACGCAUGGUCUACCUCACGCAUGAUGGACCACCCUGUCUUUUCCAAAGUCAUCGAGAAAGCUGUUGCUGAGCUAGACGCAGACGGCAUCUACAUUGAACAAGUGCACCCUGAGAGUGCGGUUGGCCAGUUCGAAGUCAUUCUUCCGCAGGCCCCUCCCCUCGAAGCAGUCGACACGUUGCUUUACGUCCGUGAGGUUAUCUCAGGUAUCGCCGCUGCCGAAGGUUACAGAAUGACUCUUCACCCUAAGCCGUACCCAACAGCCUGCGGCACCGCGGCUCAUGUCCAUAUGUCAAUUUCCUCCGCUGGAGGGUCCAAGCCGGAGACGUACAGCCCCUUCUACGCCGGUAUCUUGAGGCACCUUCGCGCUAUCACGGCCUUCACAUAUAGCAACCCGGUCAGCUACGAGAGAGUCCAAGACGGUUGCUGGGCCGGCGGUCGCUGGGUAACAUGGGGUACUCAGAACAGAGAGACACCGCUGCGCAAGAUCGAGAGCAGCCACUGGGAGGUCAAAUGCAUGGACGGCAUCGCGAACCCGUACCUCGCACUCGCUGCGCUCCUGGGCGCGGGUACAAAUGGCGUCAUCGAAAGCGAAAAGAUGACCUGGGGUGAUUGCGAGGUUGACCCUGCGUCUUUGACGCCGAACGACCGAAAGGAGCUGGGCGUCGAGCAGAUGCUUCCUUCAUGUCUACCCGAGGCGCUUAAAGCUCUCCGCGCGGACGAUGUAAUGAAUGAGUUGCUUGGUGAGGACUUGGUGGAGAGGUACAUCACAGUCAAGGAGGAGGAGAUGAAGAACCUGGAGGCAAUCAGCAGUGAUGACCGCCGACAGUGGAUCUUGGAGCGAUACUAG